GGUCAGGUGGCUACACUCUGCAGCUGAAGCAGUGAAGCAACGCCGUCCUCGCAAUUUUCUCCCCAAUCCACACUCCCGCUCCUAUACCACACAAACCUCAACCCGAAACCAGAACAAAACAAGAAGCCACCACCAAGGUGGUGACCAGCAAGAAGACGGGGCAGCCUCGGCAAGAGAACAGGAGCAGAGCGUACGUGCCAUCAGCAGCAAUGGCGGCCGCCGCCGCCACGUCCUCCCACCUGCUCCUUCUCUCCCGCCAGGUGGCCUUGCUCCGAUGCCGCCUCUCCUUCCUCAGCCACCCCAGAAUGCCCGGCAGGGUCGCGGCGGGCCAGGCGUCGGCUGCCAACGUGCGGUGCAUGGCGGCCGUGGACACGGUGCCCGCGGCGGCGGAGACAAGCAAGAAGUCGAGCUACGAGAUAGUGACACUCACGACGUGGCUGUUGAAGCAGGAGCAGGCUGAGAUCAUCGACGGAGAGAUGACCAUCGUGCUGGCCAGCAUCUCCACGGCGUGCAAGCAGAUUGCCUCGCUUGUGAAGCACGCGCCCAUUUCCAACCUCACUGGCGUGCAUGGCACCGUCAACGUGCAGGGCGAGGACCAGAAGAAGCUCGACGUCGUCUCCAACGAGGUGUUCUCCAACUGCCUCAAGUCGAGCGGGCGCACCGGCGUGAUCGCGUCGGAGGAGGAGGACGUGCCGGUGGCCGUGGAGGAGAACUACUCGGGCAACUACAUCGUCGUGUUCGAUCCUCUAGAUGGCUCCUCCAACAUCGACGCCUCCGUCACCACCGGCUCCAUCUUUGGCAUCUAUAGCCCCAACGCCGAGUGCCUCACCGACCUUGGCGACGACGCGACCCUUGACUCGGUGGAGCAGAGGUGCGUGGUGAGCGUGUGCCAGCCGGGGAGCAAUAUGCUCGCCGCCGGUUACUGCAUGUACUCGAGCUCGGUGAUCUUCGUGCUCACCAUUGGCACGGGGGUGUACGUGUUCACGCUGGACCCCAUGUACGGCGAGUUCGUCCUGACGCAGGAGAAGGUGCAGAUCCCCAAGGCCGGUAAGAUCUAUGCCUUCAACGAGGGCAACUACGCGCUCUGGGACGACAAGCUCAAGAAGUACAUAGAUAGCCUCAAGGAGCCCGGCGACUCCGGGAAGCCGUACUCUGCGCGCUACAUCGGCUGCCUCGUCGGCGAAAUCCACCGCACGCUGCUCUACGGCGGGAUCUACGGAAACCCGAGGAACAAGAAGAGCAAGAACGGCAAUCUGCGGCUGCUCUACGAGUGUGCGCCCAUGAGCUUCAUCGUUGAGCAGGCCGGCGGCAAGGGAUCCGACGGCCACCAGAGGAUUCUUGACAUCACGCCGACAGAGAUACACCAGAGGGUGCCCCUGUACAUUGGGAGCGUGGAGGAAGUGGAGAAGGUGGAGAAAUUCUUGGCUUGAAAUGUAUUCCUCAAAUGAAUUGCUAAGACCAAUAAAUACAGUAUAUAUUGUAGAAUUUUCUUUUGUGAUGGGAAAAAUCCAUUUUGAAGAAUUCCGUUCUUGAGUUGUGAAGUCUGACUAGAUCUUUCCUAAGUUAGGAAGGGUAUUCUACCGUUAUAUAUGGUUUCAAAUGGUACAGAAACGCCAUUCAAAAUGGAACGAUGUGACAAAUGUUUGAGCACAUGAUUCAGAAAAAAACAGGGGUACUUAACUGAUCGUACAAACAAGGACCGUCGAUUGAA